CAACGCAGCAGCAUAAAUCUAGUGUCUGUAUUUUCUCUUGGAUCUGGAUCGUGUUUUCUAUUUCAAUUAAGGUUAAGUUUUAAUCGUUUAAAUUUUCACUCUGAAUUGAAAGGAAUUGUUGUCUGACCGUUUUAAUGAAAUUAUUUGGCAACCAUUUAUGUCUGUAUAUGCAGCUUUAAUUCCAGCAUCAUGGCGGUUUUGUCGUCAACGGCUGGGAAAAUCAAAGCUGUACCGACAUCUCCUAGGUAUAGCAGUUAUUGUUACCAAAUUACCACCAAGGUUCCCUACUUACUACACCGAUGCUCCCAAUUACUACACCACUGAGUCACCGGAUCAUUACACAACAACCUACGCUGCCCCAGUUUACUACACUGUAAUUUCCAAUAUUACUCUAUUCCGAGCUAUUAAACUGAUGCUCUAAAAUACUACGCUACAAUUUACAAUAUAUGAUUACCACGGUUUAAAAUACACAAAUUAAUAGUUAAUAAAAAUUAAAAGCCAAACCAUACAAAUUUUGCAAAUUUCCUCCUCUAUCACUCUGCAUCAAUAGGACUAAGUUUUAUUUCAGCCAACUGGCAACGUCCAAGAAUUUUAGUGGUUGAAAGGUGAAGUUGGCUUCCAUCGCUCAUGCAGCGUUUUCAAUUAUCUUUCCACCUAGCACUGUAGAGUCUAGAACUAGACUUAAAAAUGAGUGAGAAAGCCUCAAAUGUUGCAUCAGGAAGUGGUCAGCAACCACAAUCUGAAAAAAGAAAGACGACGUCUACGAAAGAAUGUAUGACAGGGUCCACUCCAGAAAAGAAAAGAUUUACUCCCACCAUACCACCUAAGCGUGAUAGGGUAACAGUUAACAAGUCUGAGCCUCUCAAAGAUGGAAAAUCAGAUGCAAAUCAGCCAGACACAGUUCCUCAAAGGGAAAAUUGUGGCAGGGGUUACGUCAGAAAUGUCAUGGGUUGGCGAGCUGAUCAAGGAUAUCAGCCCCACCCUGAGAACAAGCCUCCAUUACCACGGCGUCAAUAUGUGCAGUCAGAUGGAGGUGUCUUUAGUCAGGGAGUAUCAAACAAGGUAGAUUUUGAUCCUAUCAAGUAUGCUUUGAGUGCUGUUGAUAAAUAUGAGAGUGUACAGAAGACAAACAAAUGUUCACACGCAAGUGUGUCAAAUCCAUCAUCACUACCAACUGUGAUACAGAGGGAAGAAUCACACCAAAUGGAUCAGUUUGUAUUGCAGACGGGCAGUCAAAUAAAGAAUGAAGAACAGGUGAUAGUUAAUCAAAAAAUGAAUGACAAGUUGAAGCAACAUCAAAGAGAAGGUAUCGAAUUCAUGUGGAAUUGUUGCUUUAAAACCAACUCCAAUGGUGGCUGCAUCAUUGCACACUGCAUGGGUUUGGGUAAAAGCCUGCAGGUAGUGACACUGUGUCAUACUGUGCUAACAAACGCUUUGUGCAAGGUGAAUCGUGUUAUGGUUGUCUGUCCGCUUGGCACGGUCUUAAAUUGGGAAAACGAGUUCAAAAUUUGGCUUCCUGGAGACUCAUUUAAAACGUUGAAUGUAUGUGAAGUGGCCAAAAGUAAAGAUAAGGUUGUAAUGGAGCGAAAGAUUUUAAGAUGGUUUGAAAUCGGAGGAGUGUUAAUUAUAGGAUAUGAUACCUAUCGGAUGGUUACCAAAGUGAAAAAACAGCGUUCGGAACAGGAAGAACGAUUAUGGCAAGCCUUAGUUGCUUCUGGACCAGAUCUUCUCGUAUGCGAUGAAGGACAUCUUCUAAAGAAUGAAGACACAUUGCUUUAUAAAGCCUUGAACAGGAUAUCGACGCGACGCCGUAUCAUGUUAUCUGGUACACCACUGCAAAACAAUUUGAUGGAAUUCUUCUCUAUGGUUCAAUUCGUUAAUCGUGGCCUUUUGGGCACUAAUACGCAGUUUGAAGAAAACUUUGUAAAGGUGUUCGUAAAAGGACAAACUGUAGACUCUGAGCUGUCAGAUGUUCGAGCCAUGAAAGUGCGAUCUUUCAUUCUUCAUAAAACGCUAGAAAAUACGCUUCAGCGGUUGGACAUCAACGUCCUGACGCCUUUUUUACCACCCAAACUGGAAUAUGUGGUUUCUGUGAGGUUGUCAGAACUUCAAAUCAAACUCUACAAGUAUUAUUUGGAAAAUUUCACCAAGGGAAGUGCGGUUCAACCAACCGAAAGUAAAGUUGUGAGUGCAGGACUGUUUCACUACUAUCAGAAGCUCUCUCAAAUCUGUACUCACCCCAAAGCUUUAAUAUUGGCUGUCUCCAAAACUGAAGAGGAGUCAGACUUGGAGGAAAAACAAGAAUUAGCGGAUCAGGCGUCAAGUAGUACUUGGUGGUCAGAUCUGGUUUCGGAUGACGAGAUGAACAAAAUCGAUCAUGGUGGAAAAAUCCUUCUUUUGAUGGAUAUUCUAAGACGCUGCGAGAAAAUUGGGGACAAACUUUUGGUCUUUAGCCAGUCACUCGCUACUCUUGACUUAAUUGAAGAAUUCCUGGCCAACAACGCUAGUGAAGUGUCUAAAACUUGGAACUUAAACAAGGAUUAUUUUCGUAUGGAUGGUUCAACCAAACCAGAAAAGCGUCUGGAAUGGGGCACAGCAUUUAAUGAUCCUAAAAAUCCCCGGGCCCGAUUGUUUCUCACUUCCACCAAAGCUGGGGGUAUAGGUAUAAACUUAAAAGGUGCGAACCGAGUGGUUAUCUUUGAUGUCUCGUGGAACCCUUCUGUAGACGAACAAAGUGUAUUCCGUGCGUACAGGCUAGGACAACAUAAGUCGUGCUACGUGUAUCGCUUUGUAGCUCAAGGUACUAUGGAGGAAAUAAUCUUCUACAGACAGGUUGAAAAACUUGCCUUAUCUCGUCGUAUCGUUGAUGGAGAACAAACAGAACGUCACUUUGCAUCGAACGAUCUAAAGUACCUUUACGCAUUUGAUCCUGAUGGCCUCAUACGUUUACCGGACUCUGAUCUUGGGCACGAAAAAUUCUUGCCUCCUAAGGAUGACUUGUUAAGGGAACUCAUGGAAGGCAUGGGAAAAUGGAUUGGCGGUUACCGCGAACAUGAUUGCCUGCUUCAAAACCGGCCCGAAGAUCAUCUAGACGAUGGUGAACAGGAAGCUAUAUGGAAGAUAUUCCAAACGAAGAAAGGUUCUUUUUGUGUCCCAGAAGUUCCGAAGUAAUUCUAAGAAGAGGACUACUUUUGUUUAAUCUCCACUUUGUUCUCUGUUGUUAUCCCACUCGGAGAAGAGAAAUCCUGUUCUCUUGAAAUCUUCCCUCGCAGUGUUUUUAUUACUAAUGUGUUCAGUUGUUUUAAUACAAUGCGAUCGAAGUUG